AUGCCUUCACCAUCAAAGUUUCACCUAAAGCAGUAUAAAAACAUCAAUGAAUUCCUAGCAGAAACACAGUCUUCUUUACAUGAGGAGGAGAUCAAAAAUGCAUUACUCUUGACAAUGUCUUACCAAAUACGUGACAAUCACAGCAAUAAACCCUAUUAUUGCGGUGCUGUUUGGAGCAACAGCAAUGAAACUAAGGAACAGCAAUUGAUAUUUGCCUUAUUAGCCAAAGAUCAAGAUUGCCUCUAUGCAUCGAACGUUUGUGAUGAAACCAAACUUGACGCCAUCAACUUGCUUAUAGAACAUUUACUCAACACCAGUGAUAUCUCAAUUCAAGAAAUUCAUGCAUAUCAACCUGUACUACAAACAGUCAAACGCGCUAUCGAAAAACAUAGCGUUCACCGACAUAUACGCUUCCAACAGAAGCAUCCUGUUUGGAGUUACAGAAUAACCAGCGACAACAUUAUUUGGUCCAAGCGUGCAAGAGAACUAGCCAUGACCAAUGCAACUGAACUAAGACUCGCGACAAAAAGUGAUUUAAUGCUAAUGAAGAGUUGGAUCUCGGCAUUUCUCUGUGAUGCAUUUCAAGAAAGCAACACUAAAUCUGCUGCGAUUAACGAUCUAUGCACAAGUAUGCUAGACUUAAAAGAAGCAUAUCUGUUAUGUAUUGAAGGAACGCCUGUCUGUAUGGCUCGACGUUUGCGGCCUCUAAAAUACAGUUGCUCCUUGGGUUAUGUCUACACGCCACCUAAAUAUAGGCAUAAAGGUUAUGCCGAGGCUUGCGUUACAAUGACAAGCGAGAUUCUACUAAAAUCGUUUGGCUUUAUUACAUUGUUUGUAAAUAAGGACAAGGAUAAAGACGAUAAUUUGUACACCAGGAUUGGAUACAAAUAUUACGGAGAGGCAGGCAGAUUCAUACUUUUAGAUAAAUAA